GCCGGGGGAACGAUUGGCGCCGCUCCACGUUGCCCUACCCCAUGCCGUCGGCCUUCACGCCUUGUCCAGCGAAGUCGCGCUUGGCCGCCAUGACAGCGAGAGCGUGCUCCCAGACCUCAACAGCAAGGCCAACGCCCAGCUAUGCCGCCACGCUUUAACUAUGGUGAAAAAUAAAAGAUAUACCCCCCCUAGCGCACGGGGAAGUACUGAAACUCGCAGUGCUCCAAGAACCCCUGGUCAGGAUCCAUCACAGCGGGUUGAGAGAGCUCAACAGCAUGGAGGUGGCGGUCGGCUACAUGCCAAUACUCAAUAUUCUCAACAAGGUGGUCGUGGUGGUGGACAACACCUGAGUUCUGGUGGACAUUUUCAGGAUCCAGCAUCACAUCAACCAUUUGGUGGUCCUGUUAAGUAUCAAGCACAUGGGUAUUAUGGCCAUGGUGCCCCACGCCAAAGAGGAACACCACAACCAUACCAUGAUGGGCAUAGGAGUGGGAGUCAUGGACGCGGAGUUCCUGCUACUCCAUCAGUAACACUUCCCGAACUGCACCAAGCUCCACAAGUCCAGAACCAAGUUCCGGUGCUUAGACCUUCACCACCCGAAACUGGCUCAUCCUCACUACAUGUUGAGAUGAACACUGGACAAGUCCAGUUACAGUUUCAGCAACUUGAUAUCCCAGGUCAAAGUUCCUCUAGACAAGGUAUCCAAUCAGCACCAUCGUCGACUAAAUCAGUAAGAUUUCCAAUGCGGCCUGGCAAGGGUACAUUUGGCAGUAGGUGCAUCGUGAAAGCAAAUCAUUUCUCUGCUGAAUUGCCUGAUAAAGAUCUUCACCAGUAUGAUGUAUCUAUAACUCCUGACAUUCCUUCCCGUGGUGUCAAUCGUGCUGUCAUAGGACAACUUGUAACACUCUUCAGACAUUCUCUUUUGGGUGGUCGUCUUCCUGCCUAUGAUGGAAGGAAGAGCCUAUAUACUGCUGGACCGUUGCCAUUUACUUCUAGGACCUUUAAUAUUGUUCUACAGGAUGAGGAUGAUAAACUUGGUGGUGCGCAAGUUGCACAAAGGCGCGAAAAACAUUUUACGGUCGCCAUCAAAUUUGCCGCGCGUGCCGAUCUCCAUCAUUUAGCUAUGUUUUUAGCUGGGAAGCAACCAGAUGCUCCUCAAGAAGCUAUUCAAGUGCUUGACAUUGUUCUACGUGAAUUACCUACUGCAAGGUAUUCCCCAGUUGCCAGGUCAUUUUAUUCGCCGAACUUAGGGAGGCGCCAGCAACUUGGUGAUGGCUUGGAAAGUUGGCGUGGUUUUUACCAGAGCAUACGGCCCACACAGAUGGGACUUUCACUGAAUAUUGAUAUGUCAUCUACAGCGUUCAUUGAGCCUCUUCCUGUGAUUGAUUUCAUUGCACAACUCUUGAACAGAAACGUCUCAGUCAGACCAUUAUCAGAUGCUGACCGUGUGAAGAUCAAGAAGGCUCUACGAGGUGUAAAGGUUGAGGUCACACAUAGAGGCAAUAUGCGCAGAAAGUAUCGUAUAUUUGGUCUUACCUCACAAGCAACAAGAGAAUUAACUUUCCCUAUAGAUGAUCAUGGUACUGUUAAGACAGUAUUGAAGUACUUCCAGGAGACGUAUGGUUUUAACAUUCAGCACACCACUUUACCUUGCUUGCAAGUGGGUAACCAACAGAGACCGAAUUUUCUUCCGAUGGAGGUAUGUAAGAUUGUUGAGGGACAGCGUUACUCGAAACGACUGAAUGAGAAGCAGAUAACUGCUCUUCUUAAGGUGACCUGCCAGCAUCCCCAACAGCGGGAGCUGGACAUUUUGCAGACGGUGAAUCACAACUCAUACCAUGAGGAUCCAUAUGCACGGGAGUUUGGUAUAAGGAUUGAUGAACGUCUUGCAUCAGUUGAAGCUCGAGUCCUACCUCCCCCUAGACUUAAGUACCACGAUAGUGGCAGAGAGAAGGAUGUAUUGCCAAGAAUUGGCCAAUGGAAUAUGAGGCAUAAGAAAAUGGUCAAUGGUGGUAGAGUUAAGGAGUGGAUAUGUAUUAACUUUGCUCGGAAUGUCCAAGAUAGUGCUGCCAGGAGUUUCUGUCGUCAGCUGGCUGACAUGUGCGAAAUAUCUGGAAUGGACUUCUCAAAGGAUCCUCUGCUUCCUCCUUUAUGUACGAGAGCUGAGCAUGUAGAAAGAGCACUCAGGGCACACUAUCGAGAUGCUAUGAAUCUUCUGAAACCACUGGGCAGGGAGCUUGACCUGCUCAUUGCAAUUUUGCCUGACAAUAAUGGUCCUCUUUAUGGUAAUCUCAAAAGAAUAUGCGAGACAGAUCUUGGAUUGGUCUCUCAAUGCUGUCUCACGAAACAUGUUUUUAAGACGACACAGCAGUAUCUUGCAAACGUCGCCCUUAAAAUCAAUGUUAAGGUGGGAGGGAGAAAUACUGUACUUGUUGAUGCUCUGUCAAGGAGAAUUCCCCUUGUUAGUGACAGACCAACCAUUAUAUUUGGUGCUGAUGUUACCCAUCCUCAUCCUGGAGAAGAUUCUAGCCCUUCCAUUGCAGCUGUUGUUGCUUCUCAAGAUUGGCCUGAGGUCACCAAAUAUGCUGGAUUGGUGAGUGCACAAACCCGUCGCCAGGAGUUGAUACAAGAUCUUUUUAAAGUAUGGCAAGAUCCUCAGAGAGGGACUGUAAAUGGUGGAAUGGUUAGAGAACUUCUCCUUUCCUUUCAUAGAUCAACUGGACAGAAACCCCAAAGGAUCAUAUUCUAUAGGGAUGGUGUUAGCGAAGGACAGUUCUAUCAGGUUCUGUUGUAUGAGCUUGAUGCGAUUAGAAAGGCGUGCGCAUCCUUGGAGUCCAAUUAUCAGCCACCUGUUACCUUUGUGGUGGUCCAGAAGCGCCAUCAUACACGGCUAUUUGCUAAUAACCACAACGAUCAGCGAAGUGUUGACACAAAAAGUGGAAACAUACUGCCUGGUACUGUGGUUGAUUCAAAGAUAUGCCAUCCUACCGAGUUCGAUUUCUACCUUUGUAGCCAUGCUGGUAUUCAGGGAACAAGCCGCCCUGCGCAUUACCAUGUCCUUUGGGAUGAGAACAAUUUUACCGCGGAUGGUUUACAGACUCUCACGAACAAUUUGUGUUACACCUACGCAAGGUGCACCCGUUCUGUAUCGAUUGUGCCUCCGGCAUACUAUGCUCACCUCGCGGCUUUUCGAGCUCGGUUCUACAUGGAACCGGAUACCUCCGAUGGUGGCUCGGUCGCGAGCGGUGCCACGACAAGCCGUGCCCCUCCUGGUGCACGCGGCGGCAGUAGAGCUGCAGGGAAUGUUGCUGUUAAGCCUCUGCCUGAGCUCAAGGAAAACGUGAAGCGUGUCAUGUUUUACUGCUGAUAAGUUGGGGCAACGCCUCCGGGGUCCGGGCUAUCUAUUCCCCGUGAUCCCAACUGAAGUGCCUGCUGAUUUACCAAUCCUUUCUUUGCGGCAGAAAAUCAAUCCUCAGUCAUCACAUGAGUGUAUCUAUAUAUGUAUCAGUGCUGCCAUGUUUCCUGUGCAACCUGAACAUCUCAAUUCCUCUUUUCAUCUACAGAUUUUCAAAUGGCA